CAUGUUCGCUACUUAUCCUCCAAACUCUUAUGGCCGUAAUUUUCACAUUCCUUCCUUUACUACGGUAUUGUGACGUAUUUGACCGGAUAAUGGGGAUUGUGAUUUAACUUGCGGUUACUGUGACGUAACAAGCAGGUCUCUUAUCCAUUGUCGCGUACAUUCCAACCUAACGUAACCAUAAACGCGCUACAAUACGUGAAGUUACUGCAAGGACAAACUUAUCGCGUGCGUUUCGCGUAACCACUGGUGUAUUGAUGACGUCAUAAACGAUUGUGUUACUCCGUCAUAAUUAAGGAGAAACGUUGAUUUAUAUACCUCACAAUCGAAGCGAUUGCCAACGUUGCCUAACAACGAAAAUGACCGAAUUUCUUGAAAUAAUGUCAAAUAUUCCGUUGUCUUUGCAUUGUUAUAUUUAUAAGUUGGUUCUUUAAUACAAUGACAUAAAACCAAUCGAACUUAAUACACAAUAAAUACAACGUUUAAUAUGUACAUAUAACAUUAAAUUGCCCCCUGGUAUAAAACCGCGACUUUUCUGACACCAACGUUUUGUCUGCCAUACAGAAAUACUCUAUCAUGGUCAAAUGUAAUGAAUAAUUUUAUAAUAAAUGAAGUAAUUUAUAUUUAUAUACGUUAACACACCACCAGGUUCAAAUGCUUUUGAUCAUGAAGCAUUUUCUCCCGGAAGUUUUUAACCCGCCCUCCCAACCUUACGGUUGCGUUCAAUAUAUUACCACAGCUGUUGUUGGUAAGGGAACCACCAUCGUGCAACUCGCCACCGUUGCCAACCUUCCUCACCGCUAUACUGGUAACCGGUUAUUCUUGGCACGGCGACGCACGCAUGGAUCUGAAGUGAAAUGGGUGGAUGGUGGAAAGAGUCUUUAUCGUGUUGAACUAUCCUUGGUGUCCACCAUAUACACUGAUGAUCAGCAUAUUCACAACUUCUUUGAAGCUUCCCAAAGGUUUUCCACAUCAAGCAGUGAGCAGGAUAUGAUUAAGUACUUGAAGACAUUGCUGGCAGCAGGACACAGCUCCAUGGUCCGAUACCUGCCCACCAUACUCAACAGGUUGCUAUACCUCCUAACACAUGAAGGUUUUACUGCGGAUGGCCACACCAAUUGUAUGAAGACCCUUAUACAUGUAGUAGCUACAUACCAUGAUACUGGACAUGACAAGUUACUACAGCAAUAUAUUAAGUACAUGUUCGUGACCGCACCGUGGGCAAACUACAAAUGCAAAACCAUCCACGAGGAAUUAGCAACUGGAAUGCAAUCGUUGUUACGACCGUCCACUGCGGAUUUCCUCUCCGCAAACAAAUUACUCCUUCAUUCAUCUUUCUUCUUUCAAAUUAUUGGGAAGAGUAUGGCCCAGCAUCUUAUACAGGCUAACAAAUUGAGUCAAAGUCGCAGUGAGAGGUUCCCACUUUCCUUCCAACAUUCUGUACAAAGUUUAUUAACAACAACAACCACACAUAUUGUUAAAAAAUGGAAGACAAACUAUAGUGACGUCCACAACGCAAACUUAAGUUUGGCAAACUUUGUCAAGACUUGUUUCACUUACCUGGACCGCGGGUUUGUGUUCAAACUUGUUAACUUUUACAUGGAGAAUUUCAACCCUGGAGAUGCCAAGGUUUUAUUCGAGCUAAAGUUUGAAUUCCUCCAAAUAGUUUGUUCGCACGAACAUUUCAUACCACUCAACCUUCCUUUUGCUUGUAGCUCUAAAAGUGCAAGGAACGCCGAUACUGUGCGGAUAAACAAAGGUGGUCAAAAAGUUCGAUUACGAACUAAACGAGGUUUGAUGCAACCAUGAACCAUUAUACAAACC